GUCUCUCGUUCCUUCUCUCUACCCUCUUCCCUCUCAACCCCCCUCUCUCUGGGUUGAGUGGGCUGGGUCACAGAGGAAGUAUGUCAGACCAGUGAGACAGCACAUACACACAGCAGUCGGAAGAACCAGAGAGACAUACACUCUGUGUGCAGUGUGAUUUAGUGUGUGUGUGUUACUGAGUAGUGAUGGUAGCAGAGGAGGUGGUGGUCAUUCUCUCAGGAGGGGCUCCAUGGGGCUUCAGACUGCAAGGAGGAGUAGAGCAUCAAACACCACUACAGGUGUCCAAGGUGCGACGGCGUAGUAAGGCAUGCAGGGCUGGCCUGAGGGAGGAGGAUGAGUUGGUUGCCAUCGGCGACCAUGUGUGUGCCGAGCUCAGCCACGCUCAGGCCAUGACCCUCAUCGACUCCCACUGGCACACACUCAACCUCAGGAUCAAGAGGUCUAGGUCUGGGGUCCACUCUGUGGUUCUGUCAGGUCGUUCACCUACACACACAGCCACACACACAUACACACCCACACACCCCGUUCUCUCCCCCACUGACGGGCCGGCCUGCCUCACCAUCACCUCCCCCCCUGACAGUGAGGCCUACUAUGGAGAGACGGACAGUGACGCGGACACACACACACACACACACCGCCGUCAGCGACGCACACCUCCGCAUGCACGCUCUCCAGGUCGCCAGCAGGAGGAGGAGGAGACCUCGGAGAUGAGCGGGUAUGAGAGCGCUCCAGAUGGAGGGGUUUCCCUGCAGGGGCCCUGGGAGCAACUACCCACAUUGGGCAGCGGGGUGAUCCAACAGUGGGAGCAACCAACAGGAUUGGGAACAGGGGGGUUUCAACCUGGAGUACCACGCAGGGAGGUGGUCUUCCAACCCCAACCCCCCCAGGCCCAGCCAGAGUGGACCCACCCAGCCCAGGCCGUCCCACACCCUGAGCAGGGCGAGCCGGUAGGGGGAAGAGAGGCGGAGGGAGAGGGAGACAGUGGGUUCCAGGAGGCAGGGGUGUGUGUGGGCCUGGCCUGCUCACCCCUGGUGUCUCCAGAGCGGGCUAAAGGAGCCAUGAUGCUGGGCUCCAGCCGACAGAUGGUUCCCAUGGUGGGCGCCCAGCUGACCCCACUCAGUGAUGAUCUAGCUACUACGUACAAGGACAAGGCCAGGCAAGCCAAGCUGCAGAGAGGAGAGAGUGUGGUAGAGAAGCAGGUGAAAGAGGCUCGUACUAAAUGUCGUUCCAUCGCGUCCCUGCUCACCGACGCUCCGAACUCCAACUCUAAAGGAAUUCUCAUGUUCAAGAAGAGACGCCAGCGUGCCAAGAAGUACACCCUCACCUGUUUCGGCCGCGUGGAGGGGGAGAUGGGUCCUGAGACUGGGGGAGAGACAGAGGGAGAGGAGGAGGGGAAUUCCUUCCUCUCGGGUUCAGAGGUGGAUGAAGAGGGCUUCGCUGGAACCUUUGACCCCACCUGGGACAGCGGAUACCUGGACCUGCUGGAUAGGAGGAGCUCCGCCUGCCCAUCCACCUAUAACUCAAGGCCCCAAACACCAACCAAUCAAAGCUCAGGGUUGGAUUCCUCAGUUUAUCAGAGCCCAGAGAUUAAUGUGUCAAUCAAUCAGGGCUCUGGGGUGAAUGCCCUGGCCUAUCAGAGCCCAGGGCUGGACUCCAUAGCCUAUCAGGGGAAAGAGACGGAGCAGUAUGAGCAGCAAAGGAAAAUGGCCACCCAUGUCGCCUAUAACCCUGCCGCUAACCCCUCUCCGGCUGCAGGUUUGUCCAACCGGGGCUCUGUAGGGGUGAGUCGGGCCAGUGUGGUUCUGACCCCUCACUCUCACACCCCUAUCCUCCAGCCUGACCUAAACCCUAACCCUAACCCGCCUGGAGGGAUCCAUAACCGCACGGCACGCCCUUUCACCUCAGGCCUUGCCCCAUCUCGCCCUCCAGCCACCCCUAUCAUCUUCCGACCUGUCCAGCCCAUUCCUGCCGUGACAAUGGUUUCCAAACCCAUUGCUGCGGUAUCCAUGGUGACCAUUACCCCUCCUCGCCCUUCAGUGGGGCCGCAGGCAAGGAGAGCGGUCUCCAGUACCUCUCUCUACAUCCCCCCUAGACCUGCUGCAGCCAUCCUCUCUCCUCCUCCCUCUGUCCUCUCUCCUCCUCCUGUUCUACCUCCUCCCACCUCUCUGGCCUCAGCUCCCUUCUCUCCUACCUUCCUCAACCUUUCUCCCCUCCUCCUCACUCCCCAGUCUAUCCAUCCUCUGCUGUGGCUGCCCAGCCCUUCUCUGCUCCUCCUUCUCAUAAUCAACCCUUCUCUCCUUCUUAUGCCACACCUUACUCUCACCCACCCCCCUGCUCAGACUCAACCCCCUCCUCCCCUGACCUUCAACCCCUAUGUUGCUAUGACAACCCCUGCCAUAGCAACUCCCUCCACUGCCCAGCCCCCAUCUUCUGAUUCGCUGUCCUCCCGUGAGCAGCGUAUCGCCGUCCCCGCCUCCAGAACAGGCAUCCUUGCGGAGGCGCGUCAUCGCAGCAACAAGAAGCCCAUGUUCCGUCCGUCCGUGGAGAAAAAGGACGUGUCUCCCAACCCGGCCCUGCUCGAAUUGCUCCAAAACCCGGACGCACCAACCAGGAUGGGUCCAGGCCGCGGUCCCGGCCCCAGCCCCAUGGGGCCUAGUGGAGGAGUUGGAGGUGGGGAGACUGGAGGUGAGUCUGGCCCUGAAGAGGACUGGUUGAGGCUGGGGGCCGAGGCCUGUAACUUCAUGCAGGCCCAGAGAGGCCCCAAACCCCCUCCUGUGGCCCCUAAAACGCAGGGCCCUCCACAGAUACCCCAGCUAGCGGGGAAGGGGGGUCAGCUGUUCGCCCGUAGGCAGAGCAGGAUGGAUCGCUAUGUGGUGGAGAGCACCCCCUCCUCACCCCAACCCUCUCCCGGCCAACCCCGCCAGCCCUCUCCCACCCCCUCCCUCCCCUCUCAAUUCAAAUAUUCUUCCAGCUGCAGAGCCCCCCCCCCCAUCAGCUACAACCCCCUCCUUUCCCCCUCCUGCCCCUUGCAGGCCCAGCGUCAGAGGGCACGGAUAGCAGGGCAGGUUGGGGGACCAGCGGGUCAUAAAGCCGCCCCUGGGGGUCAGAAGGCUCUAGGUAUCAAGGCUCUGGACUUCAUGAGUCGCCAGCCCUACCAGUUAAACUCCUCCCUCUUCAGUUACGGGGGCGGGACUCCCCAGCAAGCACAGGCCUAUCAGCAGCAGCCGCGCAUGAUGGGCGGCUCCCGCGGUCCAAUCAAGAUGCCACGUGUGUAUGAGGUCAAGCGCUUCUCCACACCACCUCCCAUAGGCCCCUCCCCUACGAUCAUCGUCCCACGGUCAGCGACCACGCUGGGAGAACCGCUGUGGAGGUCUGAUGUCAUUUCCCCUCUGCCAACAGCCAAUUCCUGCUACCAAUCCCCCUCUAACCCCCCUACCAGCCUCAGCCCCAGUGGGGCUCUCCUCCUCCAGCCCCCACCGCCCCCCUCCCUCAGCUCCCUAGCUUCUCCUCUGCCCAUGUCCCUAACCCUCACCCCUACCCCUCCCAGCCCCACGCCCUCCAACAGGGUAACAGGCAGUUUAAGAGUGCCCCUGAUCUCAGCCCUCUUGCCCACACCCCACCUCGCCCUGCCUCCACCCAGCCCUCCAGAGUGCCUCGCCCGAGAUUCAGCACCUCUAACCUGGGUCUGCAACCCAGUGUCUGGCGCCCCGGAUCCACCAUGCACUGAGAUUACAGACCAUGGACUGGCACAAAAUGACAGGAAUAUAAAUACCCCCACAUUUAGUUGUGAAUUGCAAAGUUUUGGUCUUUGUCAUGUCAAAGAAGAUGUUAGUAUUGUCCAUUGCAGGGGUUUUCUUGAUCACAUUCAUUCACAUGCUUUUAUUGAGUUCUUGUUUGGACACAAUUGCAACUCUUGGAUCACACCACACAUUUAAUCAUUUUUCUUCUUAUGGUCAUUUGACCACCUCCGUUUCUCCUCAUAAAAAUAUUUUUUGAUGUAUAGUUGAUACACGUAGUUGAUAUAGUUGAUAUGUAUAAAUAUAUUCAUGUAAAAUAAGUAUUUAAUGACAAUCAAAACGAAAAGAGUGAUCUAAAAUGAGAGAGACAUGGAUAGGGAGAGAACAUGGGACAUGAUGUGAAGUUUAAUGGAGCUUCUUUAAAGCGAUGGGAACGACAGAAUAAAGGUGAAAAUAAAGAAUGAAGUUUAAUGAUUAACUGAUAAAUGGAGGAUGUGCUAAAGACAAGCCUGUGGAAGGAGAGAGUGAGGAAAGAUAGAGAGGAGAGAAAAUAAGAGUCCUCCCUAAGAGACAAACGGUUAGGUAAUAUGCUGAUCUGUAAAAGGCUAGGAUGGACUAUAUACCUGCUGUGUGCUGCCAUUGUGACUUUAGCUCAGCGGGCUAACACAGUCUCAUGGAGCGAAGACGACCCGGGUUCAAAACCCAGUUGGUCACAUAAAGGCCUGAAUCUAAAAUAGAGAUCUGACUGCAUUAUAACUAUAUUGUACUUAUCUUCUUAGUGCUCAUAUAAUAUUAUUAUUGUCAUGAUUAUUGUGAUUAUAUUCUUAUUAUGAAUAUUAUAAAAUAUACCUUUUUUUUGGCUUCAUAUGAUUGUGUCAGAGUAUUGCACAGUAGUACAUCAGGAUGUGUUUGUUAGAUUUUUCCCCCACUUCAUAAAGUGCACCCUUUAUUGUUAUAAGGAAGGGACGGGAGGGGUGGAAGGGACGGGAGGUAGGAGGUAGUGGUGAUGAUUUGUCUGAUUGUUGAUGUGAGAGCUGUUAAGAUGUUAUUCUGUAGUUCAGAGAAAUAAAACUAGAUGUGAAACUCUC